CGCCGCCGCCCUCGCACGUGUGCCGGGGAAGGCGCUCGGUGCCGCCCGGGCGGCGCUUCCCCCCGCUCCCCGUCGCCUCCCCCUCCGCAGCGGGAGAGAGAGCAGCCUCCGCCCGGCAGCGCCGGGGCCGCUCGCCGCCGUGCCGCCCCGCCAGGACGUCGCCGCCGCCGAUGGCCGCCCCGCUGCCCGGUGCGCACGGCGCAGGGCGGGCGGCGGAGCCCGCUGGCGGCGGCCCCUGCGGCUCCCCCCGGCCGCCCCCCUGGCCCCUCGGGGGGGACCCGCCGCCCUCGCCCCCCGACAGGAGAAAAAAGAAAGGUGACAGUAUUUUGGAGAACCCAUCGAUUCCAAAUCCUUUUCCUGAGCUAUGUUGCUCGCCGUUUGCAUCAGUUUUGUCAACCAGUCUGUUGCCCAAGGCAACUUCAAGAAAAAAGCAGGUAAUCAAAGUGUAUAGUGAAGAUGAUACUAGCAGAACUUUGGAAGUACCAAGUGAUAUAACAGCCAGGGAUGUGUGUCAGCUCUUGAUAUUGAAGAACCACUAUGUUGAUGACCACAGCUGGACUCUCUUUGAACAACUUACCCACACAGGUUUAGGAAGAGCUAUAGAAGACCAUGAAUUAGUGAUGGAAGUCCAGUCAAAUUGGGUAAUGGAAGAGGAAACCAAACUGUAUUUUAGAAAAAAUUAUGCAAAAUAUGAGUUUUUUAAAAAUCCACUGAGCUUUUUUCCAGAUCAUAUGAUAUCUUUUCCAAGUGAGACCAAUGCAGCUCUAAGCCACUCUGGGAUAUUACAGAUGUUCGUAAGCUCCAGUACAUAUCCUGAGAUUCAUGGUUAUUUGUAUGCAAAGGAGCAGGGAAAAAAAUCAUGGAAAAAACUGUACUUUCUCUUGAGAAGAUCUGGCCUUUAUUUUUCCACUAAAGGUACAUCUAAGGAGCCAAGGCAUCUGCAGUUUUUCUGUGAAUUCAGCAAUAGUGAUAUGUACAUGUCUUUAACAGGCAAAAAGAUUUCUGGAGCACCAACAAACUAUGGAUUCUGCUUUAAGCCUAACAAAUCAGGAGGAAGCAGAGACCUGAAACAGCUCUGUGCAGAUGAUGAACAAAGUAGGACCUGUUGGAUGACAGCAAUUAGGUUACUCAAGUAUGGGAUGCAGCUCUAUCAGAAUUACAUGCAACCAUAUCAAGGUAGAAGUGGCUGCAGCCCUUUGAAUAUAACACCUAUGAGAAGCAUUUCAGAAAAUUCUUUAGUAGCAAUGGAUUUCUCAGGACACAGAAGCAGAAUUAUAGAAAAUCCAACAGAAGCCCUCUCAGUUGCAGUUGAAGAAGGAUUAGCAUGGCGGAGGAGAGGGUGUCUCCGACUCAACUCACAUGGUAGUCCUAUUGCCAUGUCUAACAUGGCUAUACACAGAUCUCAGUCAUGGUUUCAUCAUAAAAUCUCUAGAGAAGAGGCUCAGAGACUUAUUUUGCAGCAUGGACUUGUAGAUGGGGUAUUCCUGGUACGUGAUAGCCAAAGUAACCCCAAAACAUUUGUAUUGUCACUGAGUCAUGGAUUAAAAAUAAAACAUUUUCAAAUUGUACCAGUACAGACAAUGGAGGAGUCCUUCAUCCAAAAGUGAUAGCUAUGCCCUGGAUUCCAUGGGGUCAUCAACAUAUAAUCCAUGGUAAGAAUCCCAGGUGUAAGAUCUCUAUGCAUCUAUUGACUGUAGUCGCUUCUAGUAUUUACAUUGGUAUAACUGCUGUGUGGCUUAGAAAACCUUCUGAACUCCAUACAAAGAGUGUAUGGUUCUACUUUAUUGGGAUGUCCUUUAACUCUCAAAUUUAAGAGACAAUUUUCUUUCCCUAUCAGGAAACAGACCCUCUCUUCUAACCACAGAUGUAGCAGGAAGUUGUAGUUAUCUUCAGUUUCCUCUGAAAUGGAUGAUUCUCUUCUUCCCUUCAAAAGAUUGUGCUAAAACCUUGCUCUCCUGUUGUGGGAUCUUUGGAGGCACUAGGAAUUCUUUGUUUUGAUAUCAUUGUCUAUAGACUUGGGUCAUAUUUUCCAUGCUGUUCAUUGAGAAGACCUGUACCAUUUCAUUGUGAAACUUGACUGACUUGAAGGAAACAUUUUUGAAUUGUUUUUUAAGUAAAGCAAUUUCUCCUAUGCUAGUAACCAGAAAAAAUAAAUCUGUGAUGAGAACAGCUUAAUCCAGAGAGAGUAUGUCAGCAUGGAAGCUGUUUGUCCCACAAAUAUCCGCAUAUUUCAGUUCCUUUCUGUCAGUUUCUGGUUGCAUUCAGUACCCUCAUUCCAUUCUCAAUACCCUGACUUAAACAUGCUCUGUUUUGCUAGAACAGUGCUCUUUAAAGAUUUCAGAAAAUUGUUGUUUGAGGGAGGAAGGGCUUUAGUUCCAGUUGCUGCUGAUCUAAAUGUAGUGUUCAUUUUCUAAGAAACAAGGCAUUUUGUAUUACUGUAGUAACUCCAUAGCUUAUUAGUUGGAGAUCAAAAAUUCUCUUUGAAUUUCAAAUUCUACUUUUCUUCUAAGCUCUUGCUUGUUUCCAGCCAUUGUGAAGGCAAACUUUCCUACAAAAUGUAAAUAAAUAAAUGUCAUUUAGAAAGCAGUUUUACAGGUAAAAACAAUUCAAUCUCUAAAUACAUUAUUUUUCUCUUGUAUUUUAGGUUGCUUCAUGUUAUGCUGCACUUAAAAAUGUCUCCUUUUAGAUAGGGUGUGCACCGUGCUAGUUCAUGCCUCACCCAUGUUAACAGGUGCCUCAUGUUAACACUGGUAACCUGUGCAACAGGUAUUGCAGGUGGGUAGUAGGGAAUUGAUUGUAAAAAGUUCAAAAGGAAACCUUUGGGAUACUUUUGGGAUCCUGUACUGUGAAAAUUGAAGAGCUUGUUAGUUUCAAGGUAUUUUUCAGCCUUUAUACUCUGAGCUGAUGCAAGUUCACUUCAGUGUAUUCUAUCCUGAAAUUUUGUCCAUAUGAAAGAUGAAGAGUUGAUACACAGUUCUGGGACUGUCUUUUUCUAAUAAAUGUUCUCUCAUAACAGCCUUCUUGGCUUGCAGAAGGUGCUAGGUUCUUGGGCAACAGAACUUCGAUGUGAGUUUUUACUUUGCAAAAUAUUGAUAGCUUUAGAAUUAGCAAUCUGUCUGGUAUUUAUUUCAAGGUUUGGAAUUAACUUGUUAGGAGGAUAACAGACAUUUGAAUUGUUAACUCUCCUCGCCUGUGUUGGAAGGAAAAUUGCAUGCAUAAAGAAAGUCCAAUGAAUGAUAAUCCAUUUUCAGGUUCUUGGCUGGAGCACAGUAGUUUACACAUUCACACAUUGGUAAUUCCUGAACUAGCAGUGUUUGACCUGGUUUGACCAAAAUCUGAGAAUAAAGAAAUUACAAACUACUUCCAGACAUGGUAGAAAGGGGUAGAAUAACCAGGAGUCAUAAGCAGUUCAACAGCUGUUUCAGAUAAAACAUCUUAAUUACAGGUAAGACAGCUAAUUAUAUCUUCUCCCUUCCUCUGUAUUCAAGUAGGGUAGUUGCAUCUUCCCCUAGCACACCAUCUGCUACUCUGUGCUAGCCCUACUUCAGGAUCCUCUGUUCACUACUUUUCCAAUCUUAUAAAGUAUCUUUUUUCCCCUUUUCUUUUUAAAAAUAGUUUAAAUAUGUUUUUUCACCCUAUAUUUACUUGAAUACCAAUUAGUCACUAUUUCACUAAUCCUCUUGAUAUUAGACAAAUCAGCAGUAGAGGAACUAAAUCAAGAAAUUAUAUAGUCAGCAGUGCAAUACAAAUUGUGCAAGAGCUAACAUUCAGUAACUUAGAAGAGGGAAAUACUGAUUGCAAAUUUUUAAGCAUCUAAAAGUCAAAAGGAAUGGUAUCUAUUGAAGUUUCUUCUUUCUCUUCUGUGUCUGUGCUAAUACGAGUGUUUGGAGCUGCGGCAAUUCUUCCUCCUGCAACCAAGACCAUACUACUAGAGCAAGCAUGUUACUCUUGUGAUGGGCAGUGUCUUGUGUA